UUGGUGGGCGCCAUUGGGCUUCUGCGUUUUCCUGGGCUGCAGCGGGCGGGAUGGCGGAGGAGGCGGCGGUGGCGGUGUGCGUGCGGGUGCGGCCGCUCAACAGCAGAGAAGAAGAACUUGGAGAAGCCGCCCAUGUGUACUGGAAGACCGACAACAAUGCUAUUUAUCAGAGUGAUGGGGGGAAAUCCUUCAAUUUUGAUCGUGUCUUUCACAGUAAUGAAACCACUAAAAACGUGUAUGAAGAAAUCGCAGUACCAAUCAUCAAUUCUGCUAUACAAGGCUACAAUGGUACUAUAUUUGCUUACGGGCAAACUGCAUCGGGAAAAACACAUACUAUGAUGGGUUCCGAAGACUGUUUGGGAGUUAUACCCAGAGCCAUUCAUGACAUUUUCCAGAGGAUUAAGAAGUUUCCUGAGAGAGAAUUUCUCCUACGGGUGUCUUACAUGGAGAUCUACAAUGAAACCAUUACAGACUUACUCUGUAAUGCUCAAAAAAUGAAACCUUUGAUAAUUCGGGAAGACAUCAACAGGAAUGUCUAUGUUGCCGAUCUUACAGAAGAAGUGGUUUACACCGCAGAAAUGGCCUUGAAGUGGAUCACAACCGGCGAGAAGAACCGGCAUUAUGGAAUAACCAAAAUGAACCAGAGAAGCAGUCGUUCUCACACGAUUUUCAGGAUGAUUUUGGAAAGCAGAGAAAACGGUGAAUCUUCUAAUUGUGACGGGUCUAUCAAGGUGUCGCAUUUAAAUUUGGUUGAUCUUGCGGGCAGUGAACGAGCUGCUCAAACAGGAGCUGAAGGUGUGCGACUCAAGGAAGGCUGUAAUAUAAAUCGGAGUUUGUUUAUUUUGGGACAAGUGAUUAAGAAACUUAGUGAUGGACAAGUUGGUGGUUUCAUAAAUUACCGAGAUAGCAAAUUAACACGAAUUCUUCAGAAUUCCUUGGGAGGAAAUGCGAAAACACGUAUCAUCUGCACAAUCACUCCAGUAUCCUUGGAUGAAACCCUAACCACUCUCCAGUUUGCUAGCACUGCUAAAUAUAUGAAGAAUACUCCCUAUGUUAAUGAGGUGUCAAAUGAUGAAGCUCUCUUGAAAAGAUACAGAAAAGAAAUAGUGGACCUUAAAAAACAACUAGAGGAGGUAAAUACAAAGACUCGGGCACAGGAAAUGGAAAAGGAUCAACUGGCCCAGCUCCUGGAUGAAAAAGACUUGCUUCAGAAAGUGCAGGAUGAGAAAAUCCAGAACCUGAAGCGGAUGCUGGUGACGUCGUCUUCUAUUGCAUUGCAGCAGGAGCUGAAGGUUAAAAAGAAGCGAAGAGUUACUUGGUGCUAUGGCAAAAUUAACAAAAUGAAGAAUUCAAACUACGUCAAUGAAUUUCAAGUCCCAACAAACGUAACAACAAGAGCACACAAAACUUCUGUGACUCUUUUGAGAGAAAACUCUCUGAUGAGGUUAGGAGAGAAUGAUGAAUCACUCUCGUUUGAGUCUGAUGUGUUCAGUAACACUCUCGAUCCGUUGCCUGAGGUAGAGUGGAAUGCAGCAACAAAGCUGCUAAGCGAGGAAAACUUAGAAAGUGAGUUGAGCUCAGUUCAUGCUCAAUAUGAUGACCUAGUACUAGACUAUGAGCAGCUAAGAAGAGAAAAUGAAGAACUGAAAUUGAAAUUAAAGGAAAAAAAUGACUUAGAGGAAUUUGAGGCGCUAGAACGAAAAGCAGAGAAAGAUCAAGAGAUGCAACUAAUUCAUGAAAUUUCCAACUUAAAGAAUUUAGUUAAACAUGCAGAAGUAUAUAAUCAAGAUCUUGAGAAUGAACUAAGUUCAAAAGUGGAGCUUCUUAAAGAAAAAGAGGAUCAGAUUAAGGACCUGCAGAAAUACAUAGAUGCCCAGAAGUCAGAAAAGAUGAAAAUAGACUUGUCAUACUCUUUGGAACCCACUGAAGACCUGAAACAUGUGAUGCAAACGUUGUCUGAUAUGGACACUGUGGCCCUUGAUGCCAAGAGAGAGUCGGCCUUCCUUAGAAGUGAAAAUCUUAAGCUGAAGGAGAAAAUUAAUGAACUUUCAGAUUCUUGUAAGCAAAUGGAAAAUGACAUUCAGGUGUAUCAGCGCCAGCUGGAGGCAAAAAAGAAAAUGCAAGUUGAUCUAGAUAAGGAAUUGCAGUUUGCUUUUCAAGAAAUAUCAAAACUCACUGCCCUGGUAGACGGCAAAGGUUUGCUGUCAUAUUUGGAACUGGAAAAAAGGAUUACUGAUCUCCAAAGAGAACUGAAUAAAGAAGCUGAAGAAAAAGAAACUUUGCGAAAAGAAGUUAGCUUGCUCUCCGAGUUGAAGUCUUUACCCUCUGAGGUGGAAACGCUGAGGAAAGAGCUGCAUGAGAAAUCUGAAGAGCUCUGUUUAAUAACUGCAGAAAGAGAAAACUUAUUUUCUGAAGUAGCUCAUAGAGACAGUAGAAUUCAAGGCUUACUUGAAGAAAUUGGAAAUGCUAAAGAUGACCUUGCAGCUUCCCAGCUGAAUUACGAAAGCAGAGAUGAAGCAUGCCAAACAUUGAAAACCCUUCACAUGGAACUUGAGCAAAAAUAUGAAGUGCUCUUGGAAGAGAAGGAGAGGAUGAAGCAGGAAAUAGGAACUCUCUCUAAAGAAGCAGAAAACCUUGGUUUAAGUUUGGAUUCCUUGAAGGCCGAGCUUUCUCACAAGACUCAAGAGCUUCAGCAGAAAACCAGCGAGGGCCAAGAAAGGUUAAGUCAAAUGGCGGAGCUGAGAGAGGAGUUGGAAAGCAGAGACUCAAGCCUGCAGUCUGCAGAGAAGGAGAGGGCACUGCUCACUGAGAGGCUUCAGCAAACCUUGGAAGAAGUAAGAGCCUUAACCCAAGAAAAGGAAGACCUGAAGCAACUCCAAGCAAGCCUGCAAACGGAGAGGGACCAACUCCGAAGUGACAUUCAGGACACUGUGAACAUGAAUGUAGAUACUCAAGAACAGUUACUAAAUGCUCUUGAGUCUUUGAAACAGCACCAAGAAACAAUUAGCAUGCUGAAGAUGAAAGCUGCUGAGGAAGUGUCCGAGAAUUUGCAUAUAAAGGACAGGGGAGGAAGUAGAGAUGAAGUUCAGCAGAAGAUGGAUGGCACAGAUGAAGAACAGAGUCUGCCUGCUGAAAACGCCCCGACAUUGAUUGCAGGUGAUAAUGAUAAUGAAGUCACAGAGGAACAGAGGAAAAUACACUCUCUACUGCAGGAGAAUAGUGGACUCCAGCAAACAUUGGAAAGUAUUAUUGCAGAAAAGGAACAAUUGAAGAUGGACCUAAAGGAAAAUAUCGAGAUGACUAUUGAAAACCAGGAGGAAUUAAGACUUCUUAGAGAUGAACUCAAAAGGCAGCAAGAGAUAGCUGCACGGGAGAAGGACGAGGCCACCAGGAAGAGCGAGGAGCUCUCCAGGGCGUGGGAGAGAUUAGCAGGAGUAGAGGGAGAGUUAAAGGAAAAGAACCAGAAACUCCAAGAAAAACAGCAGCUACUUCUUAGUACACAAGAAGAUGUGAGUAGGAUGCAGGAAAAGAUGACUGAAAUGGAGAGCUUAAAGAAUGAAUUUAAGAACCAAGGAUUGGCAUUGGAGCGCAUGGAAACAGAGAAACUUCAUGAUAAUUGUGAGAAGAUGAAAUCUAUAACCGAAGAAAGAAAUGAUCUAAAGGAAUUGCAGGAAGCAUUUGAAAUUGAAAAAAGACAACUUAAAGAAUAUGCUACGGGCCUACAAACAGAACUAAACAUUGCUCACACACAUCUGAAAGAGCACCAAGAAAUCAUCGACAGGCUAAGAAGCGUUUCUGAGAAAGAAGAUGAAAUAGCAAGCACUCGGGACACAGACAAGGCCAAUGCCGAACUGCAAGGAAAGAUCCCAGAGCUCCAAGAACAAGAGCUGCUUCCUAAUGUGAAAGAAGUCAGAGAGAUUCCAGGAAAAGUGAAUGAACUGAAGCCAUUGGAAGAACACUCCAGAACACUGGAUUCAGAGCCACCAGAGAACAUAGAAAGACUUGGGCUGACUGAGAAACUUCAGGAAGAGAUCAGAUGUCUCACUAAAGAGAGGGACGAUCUGAAAAUGGCACUAGAAGCACUUCAUGUCGAAUGUGCCCAGCUGAGAGAAGAUGCCAGGAAAGCUUUGGCUAAAUGUCUAGAAACUGAAGAGGAACUUAACAUUGCUCAUUGUUGCCUGAAAGAGCAAGAGAAAAAAAUUGACACACUAGGAGUGAGCCUCUCCCAGAAGGACAUUGAGCUGUCAAGUAUUCGUGUGCAGCUAGAGUCGGCCACUGAUGAACUAGAGAGAAAGGUUCAAGAACUUGAUGAGAAACAGGAACAACUUAAUAUAAAGGAAACUAGUGAGUCUCAAGAGAAAAUGAAAGAACUAGACAAAGUCAAGGCACUUCUCCUAGCCAAGGACUCAGCACUACAAAGAAUGGAAAGUGACAGGCUCCAGUUGACUAAACAAGUAGAAGAAAGUCAAGAGGAAGUAAAAAUUCUAAUUAAGGAAAGAGAUGAACUGAGAAGAACACGAGAGGCUCUUCAUGUGGAAAUCGAACAACAGAAAGAAAACAUUAAAGAAAUUGGUGCUCAGCUCCAAGAACUUCAGGACAAAGAGCAUGAAUGUCUUGCAAUGGAGACUAUUAAUGAAACUCAAGGAAAUAGAUGUGAAGUGGAAUGCUUGAGUAAGCAGUUGGAGGACCAGAAGUCAAAGCUGGAGAGGGUGGAAAUGCAGAAUGUAAACUUGACUCAAAGACUUCAUGAAACCCUUGAAGAAAUGGGAUCUGUAGCAAAAGAACGAGAUGAGCUUAAGAGUGUGGAAGAGCGUCUCACACUAGAGAGAGACCAGCUGAAGGAAAGCCUUAAAGAGACAGUAACUAGAGGUCUGGAAAAAGAGGAGGAGCUGAGAGUUGCUUGUGAGCAUCUGCAGGAGCACCAGGAGACUAUCAGCAAGCUCAGGGAGAGUGUGUCUGAUAAGGCAGAGGAAAUAUCACGUGUUCAAGGGGACUUAGUACAUACACAUGCUACGCUAGAAACACAGAGCCAAGAACUCCAGGAAAAAGCACAUCAACUUUCUCAAGUGAAAGCUGAGCUCAGGGAAAGUAUGGAUCAAAUGGAGCAAUUGAAGAAGCAGCUAGAAGCCCAGAAUUCAGCUCUGGAGAACAUAGAAAUAGAGAAGUUAAAAUUGACUCAACAAGUUUAUGAAAACCUUGAAGAAAUACGACUUGUUACUAAGGAAAAUGAUGACCUAAAAAUUAUGGAUGAAGCCCUCAGAGUACAGCGAGACGAACUGAGGAAGAGUCUUCAACAACUGGAAGCAAGUGAUCUAGAAAAGGAAGAGAAACUAAGAAUUGUUCACAUGGAUCUGAAAGAGCACCAAGAAACUAUUGACAAACUCAGAGGGAUUGUGUCCAAGAAGACAGAUGAAGUGUCAAAUAUGAAAAUGGAAUUGGAAGAUGCAAAUAUUAAAUUACAAGAAAAGAUUCAGGAACUUAAGGCAAAUGAACUUCAACUUCUUAAGUUGAAAGAAGAUGCCAGUAAAACACAGAAGCAGCUCAAUGAGCAGGGGUUAACUCUGAGUAAGAUAGAGAUGGAGAAUUUAAACCUGGCUCAGAAGCUUCACGAAAGCCUCGAGGAAAUGAAAUCUGUAAUAAAAGAAAGAGACACUCUAAAGAGAAUUGAGGAAAUGCUCAGGAUGGAGAAAGACCAGCUCAAGGAAAGCCUAAGGGACACCAUGGGAAAGGACCAUCAGAACCAUGCAAAGAGGUUACUAGAUGAUGGAGAACAACACAGUAUAGAACACCUUCAUGAAAAGUGCCUCAGGAUAAAAGAGCUCCUGAAAAGAUACUCAGAAAUGGGUAAUGAUUAUGAGUGCUUGAAUCAGUUCUCUCUUGACUUCGAGAAGGAAAUUAAAACCCAAAAAGAGCUGGCAAUUACUGUAAAAGCAAAGCUCUCACUUCCAUACUCACAAACCAAAGAGAUUAAAAAGCUUCUUGCUGAACACCAGAGAUGUUCCAUGGAAUUCAACAGAAUCCUGAAGAAACUUAAGUACGUGUUGACCUACAUUACUCGGCUGAAGGGAGAACAGCAUGAGGUCAUCAGUAAUGUCGAAAUGGCUGUCGUCCAGGAGGUGGAAAAGCAGAAUAAACUUCAGAUUAAAAUGCGGAGCUUUCAACAGGCUUAUGAUAUUCCAUCCAAAGACUUAGAGAACCUCAGACUGAGCCAGGAUAUGGACCGCCAUAUUGGGGAGAUUCUUAAAGAUUUUUCAGAAAAUGACUUCCCCACCAUAAAAACAGAAUUCCAACAAGUACUAAGUAAUAGCAAAGAAAUGACUCAGUUUUUGGAACGAUGGCUGAAUGCUCCUUUUGAUGCAGAGAAACUUAAAAGUGGCAUCCAAAAAGAAAACAAAAGCAUUUGCCACGUGAAUAACCUCUACAAUAGCAAAGUAACUGCCAUGAUAAAUGAGUCAGCAGAGUUUGAAGAAGGAAGUGCUGCCAGAUCCAAAGAAUUGGAACAUUACCUGAAAUCACUGAAAGAAAAGACUGAACAACUAUCUAAAGACUACCAGACUGUGACUGUCUCCCAGUCUGCUGCCCAGGUUUAUCCUACUCCACAUUCUUCUACAGAGGAUGGUAAAAAUCCUCAUGUCACGUCAGUAGGUGAACAACUAACAUCAGAGAAAAUUCGGGAGCUGGAAGCCUCUUUACGGGAAGCUAGAGAGAGUGCCAUCCGUAAGGAAGGCCAGAUGGCAGCGGUGCAGAAAGAACUGGCAGCAACCAGGGCCUUCGUAGCAGAACUCCAGAGCCAAGUUCAUGAAUCAAACAAGUGCCUUGAAAACACACGAGCAAAGGUACAAACACUUCAGGACAAAGUUGCCUUAGGAGCUCUGCCCUAUAAAGAAGAAAUUGAGGAUCUCAAAAUGCAGCUGGUGAAGAUUGACCUAGAAAAGAAGGAAAAUGCCAAGGAAUUUGAAGUAGAAGUUCGCUCUAUAAAAGCCACUGUUGAACAUCAAAAAGAAGUGAUAAGGCAGCUGAGAGAAAAUCUUAGAAGAAAUCAACAAGCCCAGGAUACCUCAAUGAUAUCAGAACAUGACUCUCAGCCUUUGCGUAAACCUUUAACCUGUGGAGGUGGCAGUGGUAUUGUACAAAGCACCAAAGCUCUUAUUUUGAAAAGUGAAUAUAUAAGGAUGGAAAAUGAAAUUUCUAAGUUAAAGCAGCAAAAUGAACAGCUAAUAAAGCAAAAGAAUCAACUACUAAGUGAAAACCCUCAGUUCUCCAAGGAGUUUAAAACCUGGAAGGAAGGAAGCCUUAAAAAAGACACUUACAGAGAAGCAGCUCGUGAGAAUUCUCCAAAGUCUCCUAAAGUGACUGGGGCAGAUUCUAAAAGGAGACAGCACACACCUUCUCGGUGCAGGGAACGGAAGUUGCAGGAUCCUGUGCCAAAAGAGUCACCGAAAUCCUGGUUUUUUGAUAACCGGUCAAAGUCUUUACCAGCACCCCAUCCGAUUCGCUAUUUUGAUAACUCCAGUUUAGGACUGUGCCCAGAGGAGCCAGCUGCUGAAGUAGAGAAUGUGGAUCCUAGGGCAGACCUUUGUCAGCCCUCCUCAGGAAGAGAUGGGCCCGAGUGCAAAAUGCAGUAGAUGCCCCACCCACAGCAUCCUUUGGAAUGGCUUUCUUCAUGUGUCUACUUCAUGUGACAGUGAUGUUGCAGUCCAACUUAAUAUCAGCCUAAUUUUCACUCUGCCAUUAUAAUUAGAAGAUGGAGGAACAAGAAACUAAUUUAUUCCAGUUAUUUAGAAUAAUGAUACAGUACCUUCUGCUUGUAUUUGUGAUACUCCCAAAAAUUGGACUGUUUUAUUUAUUUUUAUAUAUUGAAAGAAUAAAGUUCUUAAAUCUUCAGGCUUUCCA